UGCCCGGGGAGGCAGAACAUCAGAGAUCAGGAGGCAGGGCGAUGUUCGGUGGCGUAGGUGCCGUGAGUGGCGGUCAUAAGUCAGCGGGAUGCGGGACUUUUACUUGAGACUGCACGGCGCUUUGUGAGAAGCCCGGGUUUCAUUCAGGUGUUCUUCUAGCUGUCGUCCAGGUUCUGCCAGGUGUGAUCUCUAAAUGACUGUGUCAGAGAUGUCGCGACGCUCAUCCUUCCACUGCUCGAAGUUCCGCCACGUCUUCGGAAAAGCAUCCAGCAGGGAGUACAGCUACGACGGUGUUCCCAUCACACGCGGCGUACAUGACAACCAGUAUUGCUCCGUCAAUCCUUGUUUCAUUGCCAUGGUGACCGAGUGCGCCGGGGGCGGAUCCUUCCUGGUGCUGCCUAUCCAUCACACAGGCAGAGUGGAUCCUCAGCACCCGAGAGUAUGCGGUCACAGGGCUCAGGUUCUUGAUGUCAAGUGGAACCCGUUUGAUGACAGCUGCAUUGCCUCGUGUUCAGAGGACUGCACGGUAAAGAUCUGGGACAUUCCGCUCUGUGGCAUCCAACGGAACCUCACCCAGGCCAGGAAGACUUUGAUUGGUCAUUCCAGGAGGGUGGGGCUUAUCGAGUGGCAUCCAACUGCUGAGAACCUUCUCCUAAGCUCGGCCUACGACUACAAGGUCCUCCUCUGGGACGUGUCCCAGGAAGGAUUGGUGCUCAGGUGUCCGGUGCGUGUAGUCAUGGCACCCGUCCACCACCGCUUCCCAUCAGAGAUGUUGCUGCUGUCCGUCAGCUUCAAUCAGGAAGGAAACCGGCUCGCAGUCGCAUCCAAAGACAGACGCGUCCGAGUGCUGGACCCUCGCACAGGAAGGACUCUCCAGGUGUCCUGCAACAAGUCUCACAGGGCAAACAAGGUUGUGUACAUCGGAGGCUUGAAGAUGCUGCUGAGCACUGGUUGCUCGCCCUGGAACCACAGACAGCUCGUCCUCUGGGACCCGGAUGACCUGUCAGAGCCUCUGUACGAAGAAGAUCUAGACGGUUCUGCAGGAGUCCUCUUCCCGUUCUUUGAUCCAGACACUGACAUGCUUUACCUAGCUGGGAAGACCAAUGAUUCAAUAUCACCUGAAAUGGGUGUGCUGCAGGGUGACGGUAACAUCAAGUACUACGAGCUGAGUUCGGAGAAACCUUACAUUAGCUUCCUGACCGAGUUCAGGUCUCCGCUGCCUCACAAAGGACUCGCGGUGAUGCCAAAGCGUGGCCUGGAUGUCAACGUCUGCGAGAUUUUCCGAUUCUAUCGCUUGAUCGCCGUCAAAGGCCUGGUGGAGCCACUGUCCAUGAUUGUGCCACGCAAGAAGUCGGCGCUAUUCCACGAGGACCUCUACCCAAUGACGGCGGGAAAUCGGGCCGCAAUGACGGCACAAGAGUGGCUAGCGGGAAUCAACAGGGCAGGCCCAGUCCUCAUGUCUCUGCAUCCUGGCACUCGAGUAGUCAACCCUUACACAGAAAGCUUUGCUGAGAAGUGCUGGUACCCCAAAGGCCGGGCCACAGAAGCAUUACCACGCUUGACCCCUGGCCUCAUCGAAAAGAAGUUUCUAGAGGAGCAGCUGGCUUACCAGGAUGCCAAAUACCACAGAGAGAUGCACAAACUUUCGGGGUGGCAACAAGACGAGUCACAGCUGUGGACGUAUGAUGUUACGCCUCACUGCUGCGAACCCGCAGAGAGGCCGCCUCCCACCACUGAGGAUGAGCUCCGCGAGGCGUUCUACAAACAGCAAGAGGAGAUCAGAGGUCUCAGAGAAAUACUUGACCUAAAAGACGUCAGUAAACACGGUCCAUCUUGCUGUCAUCGUUACCAAUUCGCUCCCCGCUGUGAGUUCUCUUGUUGCCAACUGACAGGUGAAGAUCGCUGAGCUGGAACAGGAAGUGCGACUCGCCAACUACCACCCGAGUGCGACGCGGUGACAGCUGACACAUUUUCAACACAGAACCACAACAAUAAAAGGAACA